GCAAUUCUUAGUGAAGAUUCUGAUAUAUAUCAACAAACUCGUUUCACUCCAACACUUCCUGCUUCAUUACAAAAUGAUCCAACAUCAUUAAUUGAUUCAAUUCGAAAACAUUUAACAACAAAAGCUAUUGCUAUUAAAACACCAUUACAAUUAUUUAAUGAAAUUUUUAUUAAUAAUCAACGAUUAAGUUCUUCAACAUUGACAAAAAAUCGUAUUGAAUUAAUUGAUAAUGAAGAAAAUCUUGUUCUUGUACGUGUUACAGCUAUGGAUCAACAAUUUUGGGGUGUUAGUGCAGCAAAAAAUGUUGCACAAAAUGAUGCAUGUCAACAAGCUAUUGAAACUUUAUGUAAUGUUUCAUUCCGUAAUGCUAAAGCUGAAUUUAUUCGUGCACUUCAAUCAAUGAAUAAAAUAACAUUACCACCUGAAGUUAAAAUAGAUGAUGAUAAUAAUAACGAUGAUGACAAUAAUAAUAACAAUAAUAAUAAUAAUAAUAAUAAUGAUAAUAAUAAUAAUAAUAAUAACGUGGGAGAACAAUCAAUGACAACGGAGUUAACGUCUAUUCCAGGUGUUUCAUCAUCUUUUUUGAUACCCAAUGAUGAUGCCUAG